UCAAACAAUUGAGGUCGUAUCAUUCGCAUCCCAUCAAGCGGGGGAAACGGACAUCAAAUUAGGCUAUGCCUUGUUUGUCCGUUUGUCCUCGGACAUCCUCAAAACCUUCUUAAGGGGUCAGGAUUAAAGGUUGAUUAUAAGAAAGUCAACUUUGAAAAAUAGUAAGAAGUGUUCCUUUUACCACCAUGAGAUUGUUUACGGUGUUGGUUUUCGUAGUAUUUACUGGUUUUGUGUGGUGCGUGCCUUAUGGGAUUUAUCAACGUGACAGUCCCGUGCCCAAAUGCGGCGUGGAAGCUAGUACCAGUCUCAUCCACCACAACCCAUGGCUUGUGUACCUGGAAUACUACCGGAAGGGUCACCUGGCCGAUAUCAGGUGUGCUGGGACCCUGGUUGACAGCAGACAUAUUGUGACAGCAGCGCAUUGUGUUAAAAAAAUUAAAUUUCAACGAUUGGUAGCUCGUCUCGGCGAGUACGACGUAUCAACAAACUUGGACUGCCUGCAGGGUAUCUGCUCAGAAACGCUGCACAUCCAGAUCUCCGACAUCUUCGUACACCCCGACUACGAUACGAGGGACCACGACAUCGCUGUGCUCAGGCUCGUUAACGCAGCACCUUAUACUGAUUUCAUCCGGCCAAUUUGCCUUCCCUCUGGAGACAUCAGAUCAGAUGUUACAUUCUACGCGGCUGGAUGGGGGGUGAAGCCCUCAACACACCUUUACAGUAACCUGAAGAAAAUCAUACCAUUACCGUAUUAUUCUAGAAGACAAUGCCAGAGCGCAUACUCUGAAUUAAAUUUACCCACAGAAGUUAUAUGUGCAGGUGGAGAGGAGGGGAUUGAUACCUGCAAGGGGGAUUCUGGUGGGCCACUGAUGUGGGUUAAAGACAGAAUAGAACUGUGGGGGGUGACCAGCUCGGGCAACGUCAAUUGCGGCACAAAAGGAUCGCCGGGUAUUUACACUAGCGUCCAAUCACAUUUGGACUGGAUUAAAUCAGUGUUAGAAGAUAUUGAGUACGAAAUGUCGAUUAUGUUACUGCUCGUGUUUUCCGUUUAUUUCGUGCAAGGAUAUUCUUCUGUAGUGUCACAGUACAUCGAGGGUUCUUGUGAAAAUAAGAUAUCGUCUUACCCCUCAGACUUCGAAGAUGGAUGUUGUGGUAUUGACAGCUCGGCUGGUAACAAAAUUGUCGGUGGAACAUUCGCGGCAAUUGACCAGUACCCGUGGACAGCCCUCAUAGAAUACGUCCCACUGAAUAACACAUUGAUAAAAACCAACCUAUUCUUGUGCGGUGGUGCCCUUAUCAGCUCUACCUUCGUGCUCACAGCGGCCCAUUGUUUCACAGUGAGUGCUGACUUUAUGAAGCCAGAGUUCGUACGGCUUGGUGAAUAUAACACGACUAGUGACGACAGAGACUGCGUGGCAGUCGACGGAGGCGGUAUGGACUGUACUGAUCCUGUGCUUGUUGUAAAAAUUCAAAGUUACACAUUACACCCGCAGUACAGAUCUAGCACAAGUGCAAACGACAUUGCUCUGAUACGUUUAAAGAAUCCUGCGCCUUUCACAGACUUCAUCCGGCCGAUUUGUUUGCCGGCUACAGAUAUUACUAAGUCGCCGCCAGCUCGAUUGUUAUUCACUGCCGUAGGCUGGGGAGUGAUAAACGAUAUGAAUGACAUCAGUAAAGUUAAACAACAUAUCAGAUUGCCGUUUGUUAGUAUGCAGUACUGUCAAUCGAGAUAUGUCGGAACAAAGCACAGUCCGUUAUCAGAUCACCAGAUAUGUGCGGGAGGCGAGAGAGGCAGAGACACGUGCAAACUGGAUUCUGGUGGUCCACUCAUGUCCGUUGAUGAGAACACAGUAUACCAGUUGGUCGGAAUUAUCAGCUUUGGUCCGAAACCCUGCGGACUGGAGGGUGUACCCGGAGUCUACACAAAAGUUCACAGCUAUUUACCUUGGAUCUUUAACAUUACGAGCAUUUAAAUUAUUUUCACAAUUUUCAUUAUUACUAAUAGUUAUAUGUAGAUGAAUAAAUCUUAUAUAUAAAAUUCU